AUUGCCUCCCCCCAACACUCCCCUCUCGAGCCAAACAGCAAACCAAACCACUCAGAUCUCUCUUUAUCUCCCUCUCUCUCUCUCUCCAUGCAAAAAGCUAUCCCUUACACGGCUUAUAUUCCGGCUAGCUCCGGCCCCCCGCCGCCGGUGGUCGAGGGUCAAGGCAGGCCAGAAGGGAUGCCAGCGGCAGAGGAGGUGACCGGCAGCAGUGGCGUGGGGAGGGCGGUGGCGGAGAAUGCGGUGAUGGUGAUCGGACGGCGAGGGUGCUGCAUGUGCCAUGUAGCGAAGAGGCUCUUGCUGGGGCUCGGGGUGAACCCCGGGGUGUACGAGGUCGAUGACGCGGAGGAGGGCGUCGUGAUCAAGGAGUUGAAGGGCAUGAUCGGAACCAACGGCAAGGACAGCGAUGGCGGCGAUGGCGGCGACGGCCAGAAGUUGCAAUUCCCGGCAGUCUUCGUCGGCGGGCGGCUGUUCGGAGGCCUUGAGAAGGUGAUGGCCACUCAUAUCUCCGGCGAGCUGGUGCCCAUCUUGAGAGAAGCUGGGGCCUUAUGGCUUUGAGGCAUGUAUGUACAUGUUAGUAAUCUCUAUCGUUCUAGAAAAAAUUUCUUGAUCAAUGAUUUGAAAUUUAUGAUUGGUGUGAUAUAAGACCCCGCAAGUAUUUUUCCUCUUUUUCAGUUGCUUUGGUAUCUUUCUGAUUAGAUCAAUCUAGGGUUCGCUCGAGAAUUUUUGGAGAGAGGGACCUAGGAAUUGAUUUGCUCUUGCUCCCCCUUUUUUUGUUGUAAUUUGUCAAUGUAAUUUUCUUUGCCAAUUAAUUGUGGUUUCGAUUUGUCCAAGGUCGGUAUA